CCUGGUCAUCGUCAUGUCACUGAUGCUGUUUAUCCCGUGUGUUCAGUCAGCCAGUCAUCUUAUGUUCAACUCAUCUGCUCGGCAUAACAGACACCAUUAUCCUGCACCGUGAGUCCAGCGUUUGGGUCAUGUCAUCCUCUCCUCCACGCACACCCUGACAAUAUGAAAUAUCAGAAGAUACUGAAGUGUCCUGUGUUUAUAUGGAGAACUGCACAUUGCCAUGCAGCUAUGAGGGUGCUGAUGUAGUCAUCCACUGGCAUCAGGUGUCAGCAGGAAAUCUUCCUGUUCACUCAUUCUUCCACAACCAAGACCAGCCAGAAAACUCAGCCCAGCGCUUCAGAGGCAGAGCAUCAACCUUCAAGGACCAGAUCUCCAGAGGAAACGCUUCAGUCCUGCUGACAGGAGUGAAGGUUCAGGAUGAGGGCAGAUACAAGUGCUACACCAGCACCACCAAUGGAAACAAGGAGUCAUUUAUUAACCUAAAGAUAGAUGCUCCAAUCCAUAAAGUCGACUUUGAGCGGGUAGAAAACGGGAUCACCUGCAGGUCAGAGGGGAUCUAUCCAAAGCCUGAACUCACCUGGUCCACCAGCCCUCCAUCCAGUCUGACUUUCAAGAACACCACCACAGUCCAGCAGACUGAACAGCAGCUUUACAACAUCAGCAGCUAUCUGAUCCUUUCAGGCAGUGAUCAUGAUCUGAAUUUCAGCUGCGCCAUCAGCACUCGCAGAAACAGGAAGAGUGUAACUCUUCUUAAAAUGUCUUCUCAAGAUGUUCUUGAGCAUGAGAACACAAUCCCAUGCAGACCAUCAAACAUUCAACUCUCAAAUCUCAUUUGGAGAUUCAACAACAAGGAGGUCAUCCUGAAUGGGACUGUCACCAACUACACAGUCUCAGAGAAAUGGAAGCAACAUGUGAAGAAGCUUUCAGAGUCAGGCAGCCUCACACUACAGGACAUAUCUGCAGAUCAGGAGGGAACAUACACAUGUGAAGUCAGUGAUGCUGAAGAGACGACAAUAAGUCUCAGACCUUUGAGGACUCAUAAAGGAUUUUCAGGAGCCAUCAUUAAGGCUAUUUUACGAUGGGUGAUUAAAGCUAUUGUGUUUGCAGCAGCAGCAGGAUGCUUCAUGCUGUGUAAGAAGAUGUGCAGAAGACGUAAAUGACUUUUUCCCUUUACUUUGCAGUUCAUUUUGUUUAUGUUAUUCCUGGUGAUUAUAAUGUUUUUUUUCUGGACUCGAUUCCUUGGAGCAACGACGUAGAGACAAUGAAACACACAUGUGACUAUCGCAGUUUAUUCUAAACUGCACAAUUUAUUUUCCAUUCGUAAUGAAUAUAUGUUUUCAAACAAUCUCUUUUCAUCUCAUUAACACUAUCACUGAACUUCAGCCCAUGGCAAAGGUAAACUCUGACACCACCCAAGCAGACCCCAGCAGCUCUGCUUCAGCCCUGAACCCUCCUGAGUGUUGGCUCUCUGCUCAGUAAAGCACAAACCUUGAUAAGUUAAAAACAAAACUUCUGAAUAAGACCUUCAAAUCAGUGACUUAGUGCCAUUAAUAACUCAUGUGUGCACUGAGGAGCAAGGACACUGAGACAUUAAUUUGUUUGUAUAUUUUUUUUAUUCUGUUCUCAUCAUUUUCAGAUGCUUGACUUUAUCAAAGAAAAAUUUUGGUUUUACAAUCAUACCCUAAAUAUUUCGAUAUGCUUCCCAGCUUCAUCCUGGACCUUUGAACUUUGGGUGUGCAACAGAAUAAAUCUAAGGAGAAGAGAUAAGCCUGACUCACAGAGGCUUGUCUUCGACUGUGGUGCAAAAAAAUAAUAAUAAGUACUGCAAAUAGUUUUAGAUGAUGUGAGAGAGAUUUUAGUUUUAUAGACCAUCAGGUGGGCACAUGUGUACUUUUUAAUUUUUAUUUACAUUAUUUUGAAAUGGUUGAUGCAGUUUUAUGUAAUGCCAAAGGCGUGAAACUGAUGUCCUGCACAGUGUUUACAGCCAGUGACCAUUUUCAACCUUUAAUCGACUUAGAUUAGGGUUCGUUAAUUUAAGUCCAGCAGAUGUCAUAUCAAACCAUUUUUGGAGAUGAUCAUUUUUGUAGCUCUUGUUUGAUUCGUCUGGUAUUUAAUAAACUCAAAGGGGAGACCAUCAAGCAACUGGAAGAACAAACCAUAACCUUUGAAAAUGGAUUCUGAAACUCACUGAUGAUAAUUAAGAAAAUAUUUACCUCGGUCUCUCAGCUCUGAUGAAACAGCUGCUCAGUUUUUUUCUUCAAAUCUUAAAUUUAAUAAUUAAUGAAUAUGAGGAACAAAUAAUUUUUUUAAAAAACAAACAAACAAACAAACAAACAAACAAACAAACAUGUUUUUAUGGAGUUUAACAGGGUAAAUGUUGUUUUAUCAAUUACUUUCCAAUUGAGAACAUCAGUGUCACAUUUCAGUCUGACACUUAAGUGAAACUUCAGAAAUAAAAGAAACAUGAUAUUAAUGGCUGCCCAAGGUUUCAGCUUUCCAACCAGAUCCAUAAACCAGACAGGAAGAGAGCUUCAAUGUAAAUACCAAUGAUACACAACUGAGCUAUUGUUUUAAAGAUGCUGCAUUUAAUUACAAAUACAGAGAUUAUCAUGUGUCACUUCUCACUAAUUUCUCUCGAAUUUAUACGGAAUGAGAGAGUUUCUUUUUCACAGAAAGGAAAACAGCUGCAACCUUCAUGUUUCAUUUUCACUGAUGUGCCUCAUUGUAAGGUCAGUGAGAGAUGAAGUUUGCUUUAUUGAAAUCUUCUUGAUCUGCAGUGUUGUUUUAGCAUCUGGUUAGAUUACUUUGACUUUUACUAAAUCUGCAUCACACUAAGACCAGUGAGUGUACCUGAUCUCACCUGCUACAGCUAAAGAUAUGCAGAGGCAGUGAUGGAUUUAAUGUAAGUGUAAUUCUUUCUUGUGUUUUUAUUUUACAAGGUCCAAUAUUAUUUUAGGCCUUUCUUUAAUAUAGAAGAAGUGUUCAUUCUUGUGCUUGUGUAAAUGUGACAUUUAGACGCUUACUAUUUUCAGUUGAUAAAGCUGCUCUUUAGACUGUUUUCAAUUUAAUCUUCUUUAAUCUUUAAUCUUGUCACAGUUAGAUGAAAAAAAAUAUUAUGUUCUCGUACUUCAUUAAUCAGUGUCUGUUGGAGUUAGAGCUCAAACAAAAACAGAAAGUGAAAAUGUUGCUUUUUUUCAUUUUUCUAAAGAAAAUGAAUAACUUUAUAUUAAGGAAAUACAUUUUAUUAAAUAUUUUUAAGUACAA